GCCAGUGGCAAAACCACUGUUUGUGACCUCAUCAUUCAGCGCCUGCAGGAGCAGAGCGUAGUUAUGCUGGCCCAGGAUUCCUUCUACCGAGCCUUGACACCCAAGGAGCUGGAGAAUGUCCAGGAGUACAACUUUGACGUGCCAGAGGCCUUUGACGAGGAGACCAUCAUCGACUGCCUGACAGCGCUCAAGGCUCAGAGGUCCUUCGAGGUCCCGGAGUACGACUUCAACACUCAUACUCGCAGCGAUCGCACGCGGCGCGUGCUGCCUGCUGACGUGGUCAUCAUCGAAGGCAUCCUGGUGCUGCACAUUGCCAGCAUCCGCGGCAUGCUCAACAUGAAGAUCUACGUCGACACCGAUGACGACGUCCGGCUGGCUCGCAGGAUCCAGCGCGAUGUCGCAGACAGGGGGCGUGACGUGGCGGGUGUGAUCGAGCAGUACACAAAGUUUGUGAAGCCCGCCUUUGACACCUACGUGGCCCCCUCCCGGAAGCAUGCUGAUGUCAUCAUUCCCUGGGCACGGGGGGACAAUGCAGUGGCCAUCGACCUCAUCACAGAGCACAUCCGCAUGAAGCUACAGCAGCAUGAUCUCAGACGGAUCUACACCAACCUAGAGAUCAUCCCCAGCAACUACCAGAUCCGUGGCAUGCACACCAUCAUCAGGGAUGUGAGGACAUCCAAGGCAGACUUUGUAUUCUACGCUGACCGCCUCCUGCGUCUGGUGGUGGAGGCAGGGCUGGGCCACCUUCCCUUCCAGGAGAUGACGGUGAUCACCCCCACCGGCCACCCCUACGUCGGCGUGGACUUUGCCAAGAAGCUGUGCGGCGUAUCCAUCAUCCGGUCGGGGGAGAGCAUGGAGCCCGCGCUGCGCGCCUGCUGCAAGGGCAUCAAGAUCGGCAAGAUCCUGGUGCACCGCGAGAAGACCGAGCUUGGGGUGCGGGCGGCGGUGGAGCGCGAGAUCGUGUACGAGAAGCUGCCCACCGACAUCGCCGAGCGCUAUGUGCUGCUGAUGGACCCCAUCCUAGCGUCCGGGUACUCUGCCCAGCGCGCCAUCCAGGUGUUGCUGGACAAAGGCGUUGAUGAGGGGCGCAUCCUGUUCCUCAACCUGGUGGCCGCGCCAGAGGGCGUGCAUCGCAUCUGCCGCGCCUUCCCCCGCCUCAAGCUGGUGACCAGCGAGAUCGACGAGGGGCUGGAGGCCUUCGCCGUGAUCCCAGGUGUUGGCGAGUUUGGCGACCGCUACUUCUGUGAUUGA